UUAGAUUCUGGCACGGAUGAAAUAUCAACAGAUGAAAAGGUGAGAAAGGCAUCCAGAAGUUUCAGACAGACGUUCGAUGUAUCGCCUUCAGAGCGACUUGUGAAUUGUAGGUUUUUUUUUUAUUUUGUUGAUAAGAAGGAGAGAAAAAGACAUAGACUAAUGAUACGAUUAGAUUAUUCCAGUGCGUAUCAUACAAAUCGAUUUACGAGCCAAGGUUGGCUUUACAUCAGUGAAAAUUAUCUCGCUUUUUACUCUUUUUUACUUGGAUACGAAACGAAAUUAUUGAUCGAGUUAAAAGAUAUUCAAGAUAUUAAGAAGGAGCGAUCCAAACGAGGUGUCUUUUCUGAUGCCAUCAAGAUUUCCAUGAAGGAUAAAAGCGAGGUAAACUAUGGUCUGCUUAUUUUUAUAGCUCAGUAG